UGCCCUGCAUUAAUCAAACGGUCACUGUCUUCUAUCGAAGCCGUCGCCUUACGAGUGAAGACUCCAGCCCAAAUUUAACCAGAAACGUAUUUGACUGCUCGUUUAAUAAUCCUACAUCAAGAUGCGUGAGUGUAUUUCAGUCCACGUUGGCCAAGCCGGAGUUCAGAUUGGAAACGCUUGUUGGGAGUUGUACUGUCUGGAGCAUGGAAUUCAGCCUGAUGGCCAAAUGCCAAGCGACAAGACUAUCGGCGGAGGAGACGACUCCUUUAACACGUUUUUCAGCGAGACUGGAGCAGGAAAACACGUUCCUCGCGCUGUGUUCGUUGACUUGGAACCAACAGUCGUCGAUGAGGUCCGUACUGGAACAUACAGACAGCUUUUCCACCCAGAACAGCUGAUGACCGGCAAAGAAGAUGCUGCUAACAACUAUGCUCGUGGUCACUACACUGUUGGAAAGGAAAUGAUUGAUCUUGUCUUGGACAGAAUCCGAAAAUUGGCUGACCAGUGCACAGGUCUGCAAGGUUUUCUCAUCUUCCAUUCCUUUGGUGGAGGUACUGGCUCUGGAUUCACAUCUCUGCUUAUGGAGCGUCUGUCUGUUGACUAUGGAAAGAAAUCCAAGCUGGAAUUUUCCAUCUACCCAGCACCACAAAUUGCAACGGCUGUUGUUGAGCCUUACAACUCCAUUCUGACCACUCACACCACCUUGGAACACUAUGAGGUUCGCACCGGUACCUAUCGCCAACUGUUUCACCCAGAACAACUGUUAACCGGCAAAGAGGAUGCCGCUAACAACUAUGCUCGCGGGCACUACACUGUUGGAAAGGAAAUGAUUGAUCUUGUUUUGGACAGAAUUAGAAAAUUGGCUGACCAGUGCACAGGUUUGCAAGGUUUUCUCAUCUUCCAUUCCUUUGGUGGUGGUACUGGCUCUGGAUUCACAUCUCUGCUUAUGGAGCGUCUGUCUGUUGACUAUGGAAAGAAAUCUAAGCUGGAAUUUUCAAUCUACCCAGCGCCACAAAUUGCAACAGCGGUUGUGGAGCCUUACAACUCCAUUCUGACCACUCAUACCACCUUGGAACACUCUGACUGUGCCUUCAUGGUGGACAAUGAGGCCAUCUAUGACAUCUGCCGUCGCAACUUGGACAUUGAGAGGCCAACCUACACCAACCUGAACAGACUGAUUGGUCAGAUUGUGUCCUCCAUCACUUCAUCACUCCGUUUUGAUGGCGCCCUGAAUGUUGACUUGACUGAGUUUCAGGUUGUUUUCAGUAACAUUAGGUGAUAAUUUUGUUAAAUU